UCAUGACCUGAAGCAAGUAUGUAUUCCCAGACUUUUCUGUCAGUCUUUUGGAGGAGGCUUGAAAGCAUUUUGUCAAGAGGCUGACUGGCAGGAGGCCAACCAACCUGAUUGCUCCAACGCUUUUACAUCAGCAGGCUUGACACCAUGGCAACAAACCCCAUGACCUGGCAGGAUCAGGGCACUGUUACCCUAUUAAACAGGCUGCAGGAUGAGGACACCAAAACCAUAAACCAUUGGUCCUCUCUGCGAGACAAUAAAGCACCUAAGGCAAUGCCUGAGGAUGACUUUGACAUCUUGGAGUUUGGAGCUGAUGUCCAAGCACCACAGGACAAUUACACCUCCACAGCAAUCAUAUUGGAAAAUCAGGAAUCACCAGAUAUUAGUCAGGGUAUCCCAAAAGAGAUACAAGGCAUUGUAAUGGAAUCAGAAGAAGUUUCCAAGUUUGGAAAGUUGCCUGGUCAAGAGGAACCUGAAGAGCCAGUGGAUCUUUAUCAGGAUGCUUUUCCAUCUCCACCUUCCACUGAUGCCUUAUCAACAGGAGAAUACUGUGAGAAAGAAGUCUUGUCCAGCCUAGAAGGUGAGAUCACAGAAUGGAUCAGUGAUGCUGAGGUGAUCUCAGAGUCUUCAGAAGACUUGAUCUCUUUUAAUACCCAGAAGAGUCAAGUUGAUCAGCAGGUAGCUACAAUAUUAGAAGAUACUCUAACAGCAGAAGGAAGUGUUGACUCUACCUCUGAUAGUAACAACUUAAAUUAUGUAAACACUGCAAACUCCCCUCCUUUUGCUGAUAAAAGUGAGGAAGAAGAUGUGGGCAAUGAUGCAAUAUCUUAUCCGCAGCCAGGGAAUACAUCUGAUAUGAGCUGCAAGGCUCCAUCAUCUGCCUCUAAGGAGCUUUGCUCAGCCCUGCAUGCAUUUCCCUCGGCCAGACAUGAGGAGGAGCUGUUGCUACAAAGUCAACAUGACCUCAACCCGAGGAGAAUACACCAGGAAGCUGAGCAACAGGUGUUGAGCCAGGGAUCUCCACCUGUGUCGACCGUUGCCAUGGAGCUGACCGGUCAGGGUGGAGCAACCUCUCAAGGCUGUGGUUGUGUAGCAGCUGUAAGAGGAAGGUGCAGUAGGGUGGGGGAGAGGACAGAGGGAAUAAAAGAACAAACAGGUAGAGAAGAAGGGCAGAAACAGAGCGGACUUGAAAAGAUCCAGCCAGACAGGCUGCCACACAGUAGAGGACUGCUUGGAUAUUCACCAACAGAAGGGAUUAAAACAGAAAAAUCUAGCUCUGGUAAAUCUCUUAAACAAAGCCGGUAUUCCAGGAUGGAAAGUGACAUGUUUGAUGAUAGUCAGAGUGACAGCGGAGUAUCAGCAGACUUCUCCCCAUACAGCACAUUGGAGAGUAACACCACCACCAUCUUUACAAGUUCUCUGGGAACUGUCUCUACAGAGACUCCCAUUGAGAGGGAGAUCCGACGGACUAUCGAGCGGGAACACAGCCUGAGAAGAUCCAGAGGGCUUCCGAACCCAGCGACCUCUCCAGAGUAUGUAGAUGUUCCUUUAAGAAAAACUGUUCUUUCCCAGUCGCUAAAUUCUAAGUCUGGGUGGUCUCAAGAUAAAGACAGGGACUUUGCAGGCAAGAAGAUGCAGCAUGAGAUCCACAAAGAGACUCGGAGGGAACAGGAUCUGGUCAAAAUUGGAAGAAUUCCAGGUUUUUAUGACAAAGGUACAGUCCGCCAAAUAAAAGAGAGGAAACAGAUUUUUGAGACCUUUCAGACACCUGAGGACUCAAAUUUUUUUAACUCUGUCAAAAGUAAGACCACAUCCUGGUUCUCCCAUAAUAGUGAUGUUUCAUCUUUAGAGAAUCAGGAGGAUGUAACAUCAACAGCAUCGACCCUAGGGGACUCAUCUGUGGAGAGAAGACGCAGCAUAGACCUGCUGGACUUCACUCAGAGCCCCAAGCCUACCAGAGGAAGUUUAACUGAGUCUACUUUCUGCCGACCAAGCCUGUCUGAGAAAACAUGUCAACAGAUCAUCAUCAUUGAGAAUAAACUGAGCGUUCCAGCUCAGAAGCGCUCCCCUGCUGAAGCAGAGACAGGAGAUGUUACUGCUGUUGUUUCUGGAAAUCUAUACAUGGCAGGAAAGCAUGAGAAGGAGGAGGAGGAAGCAUCCAAGGAGAAUCCCUUUUUCAAGCUGCGCACCUCAACUAAUUUAGAGAAGGUGAAGCAGGAUAUCCUGGAGGCCCAAGAGAGGGAGAAGGAGCUUCACACACAGCGGCUCAGCCUGUACGGAGGAAGAGGGCGGCCUAUCAGCUUGGAAGGAAAUAGUUCAAUAUUAUUGUCUUCAAAGGAAGGACUGACAGUUCCUGAUAUACCUGAGUCAUCAUCCAAGGGUGGAAGUAGACCCACAUCAGGACGGCAGUCAGUCAACAAGUUGUAUGUAUGGCCCCCUGUCCAAGGUGAAGUGGCCGAGAUUAACCAGCCGGAGGUUCUCCAAAGUCCCCGGACCCCCAGACAGAGGACUUCUCUGGUGCAGCGCUGGGAGUCAGGCCUUAUCAAUGGCUACAGCCUGGAAGAUGACUGAGAAGGAGGGAAGGUUUUGAAGUGAAAGGCUGAAAUGAAAGCAAGAAGAUCAAAGUAUGGAAAGAGGGAACAGCAGUGAAAAUGAGGGAUGCAAGAUAAAGCGAUGUCCGAAAGAGGUCAGGGAUUGAGGCUAGAAAGAGGGACAGGAGGAUUAGGAGCAAGAACAAGUGACUGGUGGUGGACUGAAAAAUAAGAGAGAGGGAAGAGUCAGGCAGAAAGUAAGAACUGGGCUUGCUUCUGUUGCUGAAAACCCUGAGAUAACUAAAUGUUGAAAAAAAAUCAGUAAUACUCAAUAUACUCAAUGAUUAUAAUACAACAUUUAGAAAAGAAAAAAAAACAACAAAAGAAAGGAAGACAAACCCCAAAUGGUUUUCUAAAAACACAGUUGUUUAAACAUUAACUUAAUGAUCUUCUGGAUUUGAUGAAAAUAAUAAUUAUGUACUAAUUUCAGUGUAUUACUAAUUAUGUUAAUUCCCAUUUCAUUAAUAAAAAAGAACAUG